AUGCCUAAUCCAAAAGAGACUACUUCAAGUGACUGCAGUGACUCUCAAACCACGGAUUGUAGUUCCAGAAAACCAAGGGAACAUGAAGAAACCCAGGGUGGAGACAUUCCUAAACUCUGUCCACCUAAUAUCCCAUCUUCCAAUUCUCCCCAAAUUCAUUCUAUCUCAGAGCUCAUGGUAACAGCGAAUGAAGUCUCAAAAAUGACAAUAGCCCAUGAAAUUGUUGUCAACCAUGACUUCAAACUGCAAGAAGUGAAUUUAUCACCAAACAGUUUAGAAAGCAGAGUGAAAGAGACAGUGCACAAAGCUUUUUGGGAUAAUCUGAAAGAACAACUCUCCAAAGUGCCACCAGACUAUUCUCACACUAUCAAGCUACUUCAAGAAAUCAAAGAAACUCUGCUGUCUUUGCUUCUGCCACGACAAACACGUUUAAAAAGUCAGAUUGAAGAAGCACUAGACAUCGAAUUGAUAAAGCAAGAAGCUGAGCAUGGAGCUUUGGAUAUCCCCAACCUCACUACAUACAUCUUAGGCACCAUGGCAAUGCUCUGUGCACCUAUCAGAGAUGAAGAAAUACAAAGUCUGCGAAUCAUGGCAGACCCAGUUCAUUUGCUCAGAGAGAUUUUCCGAGUUCUGAACCUAAUGAAAAUGGAUAUGGCUAACUUUACCAUACAAAGCCUUCGACCCCAUCUCUUGGAGCACUCUGUACAAUACGAAAGGAAAAAAUUUCAGGAACUCCUGAACAAACUACCAGGCAGUCUAGCUUAUACAACUGACUGGCUACGCAGGGCAGUAACCGAAGUAUCAAAUUCUGAUUUGCUUCCUUCUUCAUCCACCUCCGGAACCAAAGGACCACCUGUUUCCACUUGUCCCAUGUCCACUGGAAAAGUCUCAUUUAUUCAUAGUCCUACAGCUGUGUUAAAUCAAGCAUACAUGGAUUUGCUGGACUGGGAGCCUGGAAGAGAACACUAUCCUGAGACUAUGUUGAUGGACAAAGCACGUUUGCAUGCUCUACAAGUAGAAGUGAAUCAGCUAGUCAUUAUUGCUUCAGUCUUAUUAGUGAGCAGCAAUAUAUGUGGAAAUGAGUUAUUCAGUUCACCAGGAUGUGGCAGUAGGCUGAAAAGAGUAAUAAAAGCUCUUCUGGAAGGUCUCCUUGAUAUAAGAUCAGAAAAUGUGUUAGUGGAUAUCAGCAAUCAAAUACACAUGGAAGUAAAUGCCAUACUUCAUCAGUUGGGUUACCCUGCUCUCAGUACUGAUAAGGCUGCUUCACUCAAAGGCCAGCUUAGGAGCCUUGGAGAUAAAGACAAUGCUGUACGGGUUCUAAUUGAGCAACGGAUCCAGACUUUUCUUAGACACUGUUUGUAUCCUGGUGGCCAAAAUGCUAAGAAUCUAUUGCAAGGCCUUACUCCUAUUCAAGAAGAACUACUGGAAAUUGGUCAGAGGUUUGGUAGUUUGAUUCAUCACAACAGACAGGUAUUUGGUCCGUACUAUUCAGAAAUACUGAAGAAAUUGCUGCUUCCAGUGGGAAAGUCUGAAACAGGGAAAGUUUCUUCUUAA